CGUGUUUUACUCAUCCGUAUUGUGAUUUUAUUAUUUUACUCUUUUUUAUUUUCUUUAUUGUAAAAUAUCAGUUUUAUUAAAUCUUGUUAUAUACUUGACUCGUUAUUUGUUAAUAUUUUAUUUUUUAAUUUUUUUUUGUCAUGGCUAAAAACAUCUCGACAGAGACAAAAUUAGCGUUGACUGAAAAAUUCAAUGAAUGCAAAACUUUUGAUGGUUUUACAUUUAUAUCAAAAGGGCGAUAUCGCUUACUUAACAAUCAAGCGGUCAAGGAUAUCGAAUGUAUUCGUCGACGCCGACCUCACGCGAAUCAAGACAAUUGUCGUGUGGCAGCGACAAUUGAUCUUGAUGGGAAUUUCGUAAAAAAUGGCCAAGAGCAUAAUCACCAGCCUGAUGAUGCGAAAAGAGCCAUAAAAAAACCGCAGAAGUUCCACGAAAAUCUUGUGGCAGUGGCUGAGAUCCCGGAGAAAAGAGAUCUAGAAGAAGCAUUCGAUGACACUGAAGAGGUUAUCAAUCUCACGUGCCAACAACUAAACCGGGUAAUGCCAAAAUCUAUGUCUAAUGCUGCAGAACCAUCAAGAUUAGAAAAAACAUUAAAUCAAGUUUGUUUACUUGGUAGAGUUGGAGGUGAGCCACAAAAACGAGGAACUGAAGAGCAUCCAGUUGUAGUAUUUUCAUUAGCUACACAUACAAACUAUAAAUAUGAAGGAGGUGAUUAUGUACAACGUACAGAUUGGCACAGAAUAUGUGUAUUCAAACCGUACUUGCGUGACAACGUCUACUCAAAUUUAAAAAAAGGGCAGCGUAUUUUGGUAAACGGAAGAUUAAGUUACGGCGAAAUAAAAGACGACAACGGGAAUCCCAGACCUACAACUGCUGUCAUUGCCGACGAAGUCAUAUUCUUCCAAACGCAUAAACAAAACGAAUAAUCACAUACGUCAACAAAAGAACAAAUCAUCUUGUAUUAAUAGUUACUAUUACUUUCUUCAUUAAUCGUUUUUUUUUAUUUUGUUCGAUGAAAUACCUCCUAAUAUAAUUGUAUUUUAUAAUUAUUUGUAUAAAGUUUGAAAGCUGAUAAUAAAGGAUGAAAAUAAAUAUCAAU